UGUAUAACUCAAAAUAAUGAACUUCUCCACCAACUCUUUCUCUCUCCUAUACCAUCUCCUCCUUUUUCCCUCUCUUUCUCUCUUUGUUUUCCUCUAUCUGCCCUGCUGUGGACGACAUCAAGUGAGAAAGAUUUACUGAAUUUUUAUUGGGUAAUUUACAAGACAGCAUCAGCUAAGUGACUGUCCUGCCUUUUUCAAACUAGUUGCUAUACUGUGUUCAGUGUGUUGCAAUGAGCUCAGUGCUCAUGUCACCCCUAUUACAUACAAGACUGUAUCUUCCACUGGUAACACCCAGAUUGAGGAGAUUAUCCCUGUGCACCAUGGCCAAAACUGCAGUUGAUGAGACUUCCAACUCAGGUGCUUUCAUUCGAUCUCCUUCAACGUUCCGUAAUUUUAUUUCAAGAGAUCAAGGAGCAGCCUUUCCGCCCGAGUCUGGAAGAUAUCACUUAUAUAUAUCUUACGCUUGUCCUUGGGCAUGUAGAUGCCUUUCUUUCUUAAAGAUCAAAGGGCUUGACAAAGCGAUCAGUUUCUCGUCUGUCAAACCCAAAUGGGAAAGAACAAAGGAAGGUGAUGAACACAUGGGAUGGGUUUUUCCUGUCUCUGGUGUGGAGGAGCCUGGUGCUGCAAUUGAUCCUCUUCAUGGAUCAAAGAGUAUCAGAGAGCUUUACGAGCUUGCAAGUGCUAAUUACUCUGGAAAAUUUACAGUGCCUGUUUUUUGGGAUAAGAAACUUCAGACAAUUGUAAGCAAUGAAAGCGCAGAGAUUAUUCGCAUGUUGAACACCGAGUUCAAUGAUGUAGCAGAGAAUAAGGAUUUGGAUCUAUAUCCCGAUCAGCUGCGAACUCAAAUUGAUGAAGUUAAUGAAUGGAUAUAUGAUAGGAUCAACAACGGUGUCUACAGAUGUGGUUUCGCCACAAAGCAAGAACCAUAUGAUAAGGCUGUUGAAACACUGUAUGAAGCUCUAGACAAAUGUGAAGACAUACUUGGUAAACAUCGAUAUUUAUGUGGCAGUUCACUGACGGAAGCAGAUAUUCGGUUAUUUGUAACCCUCAUACGAUUUGAUGAGGUAUAUGCUGUUCACUUCAAAUGCAACAAGAAACUGCUGAGAGAGUACCCAAACUUGUUCAAUUACACAAAAGAGAUCUUCCAAAUUCCUGGCAUGAGCAGCACAGUGAACAUGGAUCACAUCAAGAAGCACUAUUAUGGAAGUCACCCGUCCAUUAAUCCAUAUGGAAUCAUUCCUCAUGGCCCGAAUAUUAACUUCUCUUCUCCCCAUGAUAGAGAAAGGUUUUCUUGAGAUGUUUAACAAACUGUUGAAACCUUGUCACACGGAAAAUAAAUAACAGUUCUUCUGCUUGUUUCUUUUUAAGCCUAAGUAAUAGUCUUUCCUUGUUUGUGUUACAUGUGUUUUCUCUUGUUUGAUGUAAAAUGGAUCUAUUGUGUAGUAGAGCUAUAGUUCUUGCGGAAUGUUGUGAUAAUGGCUCAUUGCUUGCGGAAAGCGAUCAAAAUCGUGUAAUGUCUUUUUUCUUUC